UGCUGCGGCUUAGCGGAGGUUGUUGUUGAAUUACAGCUAGCUUGUUUUGGUCGGUAACUUAGUUAAUGUAGCGAGCAAGUCAUGUUAUCAGUAGUUUAGCUAGCGGUUACAUUGAAACCGAGGUUUCGAUGGAUUAAAUGCAGCUCUCGGUGUCCUUUUUGGGAUGUUUGGCUGGCUUAACGUUACACUGGCAGCGUGUCUAACUGCACUGCUCGGCUUGUUUUUCUGGUCCCGCAAGCAACUAUCGAUAGUGUUUGCAGCCUGUUCAUGUCGUCCAGCCAUGGCACAACAGGACGGUGCUGCCAAGAAGAACCCUGCUGUUGCGGCAUUGCAUUCCCACUUUAUGGUGGGAUCAGUGUCAGAAGAGAACUCGGAGGAUGAAAAUACCGGGAAAGCAGACAUGCAGCUGGAGGAGAAGGACACCCGCUCUUUGUCUCCAUCAUCUGUUAGCUCAGACAGCACCUAUGAGAUGGGCUUCGACCACAUUGAUGGCUCCUUGCACAACCUCAGGCCAAGCAUGUCAGGGCUGCACCUGGUGAAACAGGGCAGAGACCGCCGUCGGAUCGACCUGCAGAGGGACUUCACUGUUGCCUCCCCUGCUGAGUUUGUCACUCGCUUUGGUGGCAACAAAGUCAUUGAGAAGGUCCUUAUCGCCAACAAUGGCAUCGCAGCAGUCAAAUGCAUGCGUUCCAUCCGUCGCUGGGCCUAUGAGAUGUUCCGCAAUGAAAGGGCAAUCCGAUUUGUUGUCAUGGUGACCCCAGAGGACUUGAAGGCAAAUGCAGAGUACAUCAAAAUGGCCGACCAUUAUGUGCCUGUGCCAGGCGGAACCAAUAACAACAACUACGCCAAUGUAGAGCUCAUUCUGGACAUCGCUAAACGCAUACCAGUUCAGGCAGUGUGGGCUGGGUGGGGUCACGCCUCUGAGAACCCUAAACUCCCCGAGCUGCUUCACAAGCAUGGCAUUGCUUUCAUGGGUCCCCCAAGUCAGGCCAUGUGGGCUCUUGGAGACAAGAUUGCCUCCUCUAUUGUGGCUCAGACAGCUGGCAUUCCAACCCUGCCCUGGAGUGGGACAGGCCUUACAGUAGAAUGGACAGAGAACAACCCAAAGAAGAGAAUCAUCAACGUUCCUCAAGACCUGUAUGAGCUGGGCUGCAUUCAGGAUGUGGAGGCAGGCCUCAAGGCUGCAGAAAGCGUAGGCUACCCUGUAAUGGUGAAGGCCUCAGAGGGAGGAGGAGGAAAGGGCAUUCGCAAGGUCAACUCAGCUGAUGAUUUCCCUAACCUCUUCAGACAGGUCCAGACAGAGGUUCCUGGAUCACCCAUCUUCGUCAUGCAGCUAGCCAAGCACGCUCGCCACUUGGAGGUUCAGAUCUUGGCUGAUCAAUAUGGCAAUGCCAUCUCCUUGUUUGGCAGAGACUGUUCUGUGCAGCGACGCCACCAGAAAAUCAUAGAGGAGGCUCCCGCUACCAUUGCCACAUCAGACGUGUUUGAAGACAUGGAAAAGUGUGCAGUUAAGCUGGCAAAGAUGGUGGGGUAUGUCAGUGCAGGCACAGUGGAGUAUCUCUACAGUCAAGACGGCAGCUUCUACUUCCUGGAGCUCAACCCUCGUCUGCAGGUAGAACAUCCCUGCACUGAGAUGGUGGCUGACGUCAACCUGCCUGCCGCCCAGCUACAGAUUGCAAUGGGUAUACCUCUCCAUCGGAUCAAAGACAUCAGGAUGCUGUAUGGUGUCCAGCCCUGGGGAGACUCUCCCAUUGAUUUUGAGGGUCUGUUGACGGCUCCCUCACCACGGGGCCAUGUCAUUGCAGCCCGAAUCACCAGUGAGAACCCCGAUGAGGGUUUCAAGCCAAGCUCAGGAACGGUGCAGGAGCUGAAUUUCCGCAGCAACAAGAAUGUCUGGGGUUACUUCAGUGUUGCGGCAGCUGGAGGCCUACAUGAAUUUGCUGACUCCCAGUUUGGACACUGUUUCUCUUGGGGAGAGAAUCGUGAAGAAGCAAUCUCCAACAUGGUUGUGGCUCUGAAGGAGCUGUCAAUCAGAGGAGACUUCAGGACCACAGUAGAGUACCUCAUCAAGCUGCUCGAGACUGAAAGCUUUCAGCACAACAGCAUUGACACAGGCUGGCUGGACCGGCUUAUCUCAGAAAAGAUGCAGGCGGAGCGCCCAGACACCAUGUUAGGAAUUGUGAGUGGGGCUCUUCACGUGGCAGAUGUCAAUCUGAGGAACAGUGUGUCCAACUUUCUGCACUCUCUUGAAAGGGGUCAGGUGCUGCCGGCACACACACUCCUCAACACUGUGGACGUGGAGCUGAUCUACGAAGGCACCAAAUAUGUCCUGACGGUGACAAGACAGUCUCCCAACUCCUAUGUGGUUAUCAUGAAUAGCUCCUCAGCUGAGGUGGACGUCCAUCGGCUCAGUGAUGGAGGCCUUCUGCUGUCCUAUGAUGGCAGCAGCUACACCACCUACAUGAAGGAGGAGGUGGACAGAUAUCGCAUCACAAUUGGGAACAAGACUUGUGUUUUUGAAAAGGAGAAUGAUCCUUCGCUGCUACGUUCUCCAUCAGCUGGAAAACUCAUCCAGUACACAGUGGAGGACGGCGGGCAUGUGUUCGCUGGACAGUGCUAUGCUGAGAUAGAGGUGAUGAAGAUGGUGAUGACUCUGACCGCUGCGGAGUCUGGUUGUAUUCACUAUGUGAAGAGGGCCGGAGCUGCGCUCGAGCCCGGCUGUGUCAUCGCCAAGCUGCAGCUUGAUGAUCCUAGCAGAGUGCAACAGGCGGAGCUUCACACAGGGGUCCUGCCCUCUAUCCAGGCGGUGGCGUUGAGAGGAGAAAAGUUGCACAGAGUUUUCCACUACACACUGGAUCACCUCGUUCACAUCAUGAACGGUUACUGUCUUCCUGAGCCUUUCUUCAGUGCCAAAUUGAAAGAAUGGGUGGAGAGGCUGAUGAAGACCAUGCGAGAUCCCUCUUUACCCCUGUUGGAGCUACAAGACAUUAUGACCAGUGUGUCUGGUCGUAUCCCCCCUGCUGUAGAGAAGGCUAUCAAGAAGGAGAUGGCUCAGUAUGCCAGCAAUAUCACCUCUGUGCUCUGCCAGUUUCCCAGCCAGCAGAUUGCAAACAUCCUGGACAGCCAUGCUGCUACUCUUAACAGGAAGUCAGAGAGAGAAGUCUUCUUUAUGAACACACAGAGCAUCGUCCAGCUGGUGCAGAAGUAUCGCAGUGGCAUCCGUGGUCACAUGAAGGCUGUGGUGAUGGACCUGCUCAGACAGUACUUGAAAGUGGAGAUCCAGUUCCAGAAUGGACACUAUGACAAGUGUGUGUUCGCACUGCGAGAGGAAAAUAAAGGAGACAUGGCCAAUGUGCUCAAUUACAUCUUCUCUCAUGCCCAGGUCACCAAGAAGAACCUGUUAGUUACUAUGCUGAUUGACCAGCUGUGUGGCCGAGAUCCCACACUGACAGAUGAGCUGAUGGCCAUCCUGACUGAACUCACCCAGCUCAGCAAGACCACCAAUGCCAAGGUGGCUCUGCGUGCCCGACAGGUGCUGAUAGCUUCUCACCUCCCCUCUUAUGAGCUGCGACACAACCAGGUGGAGUCCAUCUUCCUCUCUGCCAUUGACAUGUAUGGACACCAGUUCUGCAUCGAGAACCUGCAGAAACUGAUUCUUUCAGAGACAUCCAUCUUUGAUGUUCUGCCCAACUUCUUCUACCACAGUAACCAGGUGGUUAGGAUGGCUGCCUUGGAGGUGUAUGUUCGCAGAGCAUACAUUGCCUAUGAGCUCAACAGUGUUCAGCACCGGCAGCUGAAGGACAACACUUGCAUUGUAGAGUUCCAGUUUAUGCUUCCCACCUCACAUCCCAACAGAGGGAACAUCCCCACUCUAAACAGGAAAAUGUCUGCUCCGCUUCUGGACAAUGUAAAACCCACGGACACUAAUUUGCAGGAAACUAAGACCCAGGACAUUAACAUACAGAAUAGCAAACCUAAGGAUGCUAAUACAGAGACGGAAAAUGCCCCAGAUUUGGAAUCUGUGGACAGGAUGUCCUUCUCGUCCAACCUUAACCACUAUGGCAUGGUGCAUGUGGCCAGCGUGAGCGAUGUCCUGCUUGACACCUCUUUUACUCCGCCUUGUCAGCGUAUGGGAGCCAUGGUGUCUUUCCGGUCCUUCCAAGAGUUCACCAGGAAUAUUACUGACAUGUUGAGCUGCUUCUCGGACUCUCCUCCUCCCAGUCCAACCUUCCCAGAGGGAGGUAACCCCGUCCUGUACGGUGAAGAGGACAACAAGAGUAUCCAGGACGAGCCUAUCCAUAUCCUGAAUGUGGCCAUAAAGACCGACAGUGACAUUGACGAUGAUGGCCUGGCAGCUAUGUUCCGGGAGUUUACCCAGUCAAAAAAAUCCCUGCUGUUUGAACAUGGCAUCCGCAGGCUGACUUUCCUUGUGGCUCAAAAGGAUUUCAGGAAGCAGGUCAACUGUGAGGUGGACCAAAGGUUUCACAGAGAAUUCCCCAAGUUCUUCACAUUCCGUGCCCGAGACAAAUUUGAGGAGGACAGGAUCUAUCGGCACUUGGAACCAGCACUGGCCUUCCAGUUGGAGCUCAACCGCAUGCGCAAUUUUGCGCUGACUGCCAUCCCUUGUGCUAACCACAAGAUGCACCUGUAUCUUGGCGCUGCCCGUGUGGAAGUGGGCACAGAGGUUACUGACUACCGUUUCUUUGUGCGAGCCAUUAUCCGCCACUCUGAUCUGGUCACCAAGGAGGCCUCCUUCGAGUACCUUCACAAUGAGGCAGAGCGUCUGCUGCUAGAAGCCAUGGAUGAGCUUGAGGUGGCCUUCAACAAUACAACUGUACGGACCGACUGUAAUCAUAUCUUCCUCAAUUUUGUCCCCACAGUCAUCAUGGAUCCAUCAAAGAUUGAGGAGUCCGUGCGCUCGAUGGUGAUGCGUUACGGCAGCCGAUUGUGGAAGCUGCGAGUGCUGCAGGCUGAACUGAAAAUUAACAUCCGCUUGACACCCACUGGAAAGCAGAUCCCUAUCCGCCUCUUCCUAACCAAUGAGUCAGGCUACUACCUGGACAUCAGCCUGUACAAGGAGGUCACAGAUUCCCGGACGGGACAGGUGGGGCCCAAAGACCGUCAGAUCAUGUUCCAGGCAUAUGGAGACAAGCAGGGUCCCCUACAUGGCAUGCUCAUCAACACACCCUAUGUCACCAAGGACCUGCUGCAGUCCAAACGCUUCCAGGCUCAGUCCCUGGGCACCACCUACGUCUAUGAUUUCCCAGAAAUGUUCAGACAGGCUCUGAGGAAGCUAUGGCACUCUAGCCAGGCCUAUGCCCACUUGCCUAAAUGCCCUCUGCCUUCAGAGAUGCUCACCUUCACAGAGCUGGUCCUGGACCCCCAGGGUCAGCUGGUGCAGAUGAACCGACUGCCAGGAGGAAAUGAGAUUGGUAUGGUGGCCUGGCGGAUGACCCUGCGGACUCCCGAGUAUCCAGCCGGACGUGAGAUUAUUGUUAUCAGUAAUGACAUCACACACAAGAUUGGGUCAUUUGGGCCUCAGGAGGAUGUGUUGUUCCUGCAAGCCUCAGAGAUGGCACGAGAGAGUGGCAUUCCCCGAAUCUACAUCGCAGCCAACAGUGGUGCCCGCAUUGGCCUGGCAGAGGAAAUCAGACACAUGUUCCACGUGGCCUGGCAGGAUCCAGCUGAUCCCUAUAAGGGUUUCAAGUACCUCUACCUGACACCUCAGGAUUACAAGAAGGUCUCAGCCCUGAACUCUGUGCACUGCGAACACGUGGAGGAUGAGGGAGAAUCAAGGUACAAGAUCACUGACAUCAUAGGGAAGGAUGAAGGGCUGGGUGUGGAGAAUCUGAAAGGGUCUGGAAUGAUUGCUGGAGAGUCUUCUCUGGCUUACGAGGAGGUCAUUACCAUGAACCUGGUCACAUGUCGAGCCAUAGGGAUUGGAGCCUAUCUGGUGAGGCUAGGGCAGCGAACCAUUCAGGUUGACAACUCUCACAUUAUUCUCACAGGAGCUGGAGCUCUCAACAAGGUGCUGGGCAGAGAAGUGUACACGUCAAAUAACCAGCUUGGUGGGAUUCAGAUCAUGCACAACAAUGGCGUGACCCACAAUACUGUUUGUGAUGACUUUGAGGGAGUCUUCACUCUGCUGCAGUGGCUUUCCUAUAUGCCCAAGUGUAAAUCUAGCCCAGUGCCCAUCCUCAAUGCCAAGGACCCCAUAGACCGGCCAGUGGAGUUUGUACCCACCAAGGCUCCAUAUGACCCCCGCUGGAUGUUAGCUGGACGUCCCAGCCAGACACCUAAAGGUUCAUGGCAGAAUGGUUUCUUUGACCAUGGUUCCUUCAUGGAGAUCAUGCAACCAUGGGCCCAGAGUGUGGUGGUGGGCAGAGCCAGACUGGGUGGGAUACCUACUGGAGUGGUUGCUGUAGAAACCAGAUCAGUGGAGCUGUCAAUCCCAGCCGAUCCAGCCAAUUUGGACUCUGAAGCUAAGAUCAUUCAGCAAGCAGGACAGGUGUGGUUCCCAGAUUCUGCCUUCAAAACUGCCCAAGCCAUCAAGGACCUGAACAGAGAGGGUUUACCUCUCAUUGUGUUUGCCAACUGGAGGGGCUUUUCUGGAGGAAUGAAAGACAUGUACGAUCAGGUGUUGAAGUUUGGGGCCUACAUUGUGGAUGGGUUGAGGGAGUACAAGCAGCCAGUGCUGGUUUAUAUCCCUCCUCAGGCUGAGCUGAGGGGGGGCUCCUGGGUGGUCAUAGAUCCCACCAUCAACCCCCGGCACAUGGAAAUGUAUGCUGACAGGGACAGCCGAGGUGGAGUGUUGGAACCUGAAGGAACAGUUGAGAUCAAGUUCAGGAGGAAAGAUCUGGUGAAGACCAUGAGGAGAGUAGACCCUGUCUAUACGGGCCUGGCUGAAAGACUGGGAACCCCAGAGCUGAGUCCCUCAGAGCGCAAGGAGCUGGAGACCAAGCUGAGGGAGCGCGAGGAGUUUCUCCUCCCAAUCUACCACCAGGUGGCUGUGCAGUUUGCAGACCUGCACGACACCCCUGGUCGCAUGCAGGAGAAAGGCGUUAUCACGGAUAUCCUGGAAUGGCAAACAUCCCGUCAGUUCUUUUACUGGCGUUUGCGGCGCCUGCUGCUGGAGGACACCGUGAAGAGGAAGAUCCAAGAGGCCAACAGUGAGCUGACUGAUGGCCAGAUCCAGGCCAUGCUGCGCCGCUGGUUCGUGGAGGCUGAGGGAGCUGUCAAGGCUUAUCUAUGGGACAGCAAUGAGGAGGUGGUGGAGUGGUUGGAGAGGCAACUAGCUGAAGAAGAGGGUGCGAGGUCGGUCAUCGACGAGAACAUCAAGUACAUCCGCAGAGAUCAUAUCCUCAAGCAGAUUCGCAGUCUUGUCCAGGCCAACCCAGAGGUUGCCAUGGAUUCCAUUGUUCACAUGACGCAGCACAUCUCUCCCACACAGCGAGCUGAGGUGGUGCGUAUCCUCUCCACUAUGGAGACAUCGGCCUCCUCCUAAAGGGAGUCUGUCCUCUCUUCCCUGCCUGGCUCAAUACCAGCUCAGCCCACAUCUGCACCCAAAGGAACCCAACAUAGCUGGAUCUGCUCCUGACGAGGAGCUCGGUUGGACACUGAGGCUGGAGGAGCCAACCUGAAGGCCCUGGCAGCUGCCAGGUUACUGAUGAAGCGUUGGCAAUGAUUCUCAAUGAGGGAAGAGUUCAACUGACAGAUGUCAGUUAUCACAUUUUGUAAAUGUCUUACAUUUAUGCUAGUGUGGAGAUAAAGUUUGUGUAUAGUGUAUUCAAGUGCAAUUGAAAAACAACUUAAGAACUAUUCAGUCGCUAAUGUGUAAUAGUGUGAUGAUAGUUUACAUAAUUGGCCAAACUGGAGGUCCUUAUGCUUUCAUGAUAAUCAGUGGCCUCCAUCCUGUUGAAAUGGAAUAUUCACAGCAAUAAAUUAAAAAUUUAAUUGUCAUAUUAAAAUGCACCUUGAUUUUUGAGAUGUGAGAUACGCUUGGUUUGAUUGGUAUGCUUGCAAAGAGUUGGAAGUAUUUUGAUGGCAAAUUGGACAAUGACAACAUAUUGCUGGAGGUGUUGGCAAAAAAGGUGUUUUAACAGUCCUGGGUUGGAGCACUUAAUUACUGAUCAAGGACAGAGAACGUGGUGGGGUGCUGUAGCAGGAGGAGUUGGACAGGAGAGCCCAGCAGGGAGCAGGGACAAGGUCCCUUUCAGACCCUGACUGUUUCACAGUCACCCUGGAGUGAGUAAUGGGCAGCAAGCCACAAAACAAAACCAUAGCCAAGAGAAAACCAGCUGUCCCUUCUGUUCUCACUCACACAGUACACACAUGCUGCUCUGAAUGCACUUUACUGCUUACUGUUCCCUCACAUGCAUCCGGCAUCAGACGCACACUGUUUGUAUUGUUUGCAUUGGUGCGCACACACAAACACGCUCACACACAUGCACAGAGAGACACACAGUUCAAAAUGGUUUAAAUGGCUGCAUGCUCAUUUCGAAAUAGUCCCCCCCCCCCAGGGGUUACAUUAUGCCAACCAUUGUUGGUUAUUCCUAAAAACAAUCAUUGCAAAUUGAGUUGUCAUGUUUUGUUUGUUUGUUUGUUUUGUUAACCAAGGAAAUAUUUUUGAAUUUACUACAGUAAAGUGACUAAAUUAUUAAAUGUCUGUCGUCAACAAACAAAAGGUACUGUCACUUUACUUACAUAUGCUGUGAUAUAUUAGGUGUGACUUCUAAUUUUAACUGUAAUCCAGACUUUGCCCGUAUGUUUAAAUUUGAUGUGAACAACUUUAUGUAAAUGAAACAUUACUUAUUUUUAAUGUUGACUUUCCAAGGAAGAAGUGUGAAUUUUGUGUUGACUCUCCACUCAAGUCUUUAAUCAGUGAGCACAGAUACAUUUUUGGCUACUGUAUGAUCUCAUGGUGUAAAGAUAAAAAAGUACAGAGUGUAAUAACAUAAUACCAUCAUGUUGUUUAAUUCAGGCAUAGGUCAUGGUGUCAUAGAUCCUGCUGAAAAGAUAAACAUGUGAAAUGUGAAAGAGCUUCAUGAUCAGUGCUGCGCCUUUCAUGUGCCUGUAUAGACAUGUUGUCCAGUUACUUUAUAAGUGGCUGGUUGUUUCCUGUAAGAUGAGGGAGAGCAAAUUCACAGUGACAAGCUCUAACUGUGUUUGCAAAUUUAAUAAAACCAACCUAACUUAACUA